GCGCCGUUUGACAAGCGCAACUAGUAAACCAAGCUGCCGAAGUGAACCCCCCGUAUUUGCCCGUAUUCCCGUACGGGCCCUUCUGUCCUAUCUGCCGUGAAGUGCGACGAGGUUAUAAAACAGCUGUUCUGCUGGAUGGUCGCGUUGACAGGGACGACGGUCAAGCGGAUGAGAGAUCUAUCGGAAGUCCAGGCACUUAAAUGAUAUCGCGAAUAUUCCGUGGAGAAAUCGAGAAUGUCGCGGUCAAACGCAAACGGCAAAUCGACACUCUGAAAAUAUUUAACGACAAUGUAAUAGAGCUCAGAGAAAAUGUGGACUAUCAGGUGGAAUUUCAAGCUGGGGAGAGACGAAUGGCCAUUAUGGUUUCCCUGUCGCCGAAUUUCCCACUGGAGAAGCCAGUACUCAGAGUUUCCCCACCGAUAAGCCAUCCCUGGUGUAACGAGCAUAGUGAAAUUACCAGCGCGCCAGGAUUACUCAAUUUUUCAGUGCACAGUGAUCUCGGUCGGGUCGUCCAAGCUAUUAUCAGAGAAUUCAGCAAAAACCCGCCACAGUUGUUAGAGGAUAUUUCACCUGGCUCUACUAAAUCUCACCCAGAUCUGCAGGGGAGGAACUCGCCGUCUUACUCGCUCCAGCAGUAUCCCAGUGUCGAGAUCCCGUCGACGUCGUUCAAUUCGUAUUACAACACGCAGUACCCACACCUGUCGUCCUCCAACGCGAACACGUGCAUUUACAAUAACUACAACUACACGAAUUCCGGUCACACGUACGUCUCGACCUCGAAAUCGUUCGGCGGCACGUCGCACCGCCCGGCGUAUAUUCCGAGCUCGGGGAACAGCGCGCUGCAAAAUUCCACGCCCGCGCGCUACACCUCGGAACAGCACGGCGCGCCUUACUCGCAUUACGCGAACGCGAACUAUCAGCAGCCGUUGCAGCCGAGUCAAACGCAGGCGAAAGCGCCGCAGAGCAUAAUAUUUCCCGAAUUAAAUAAUUUGACCAACGAGGAAUUGAAGAGGCUCAGCGAGGACGACGACAAGCUCGACGACUUCCUGGAGAAACAUUCCCAAAUUAAGGAUAUAAACGCGGCGAUCGAAGAUGCUAUGGAUUGGGUUGAAAAAACUGCCGAAGCUAACGCAGCCAAAGAACCCGAGCUGGAGCAGCUGCAGGCGGACGUAGCGGACAAGGUGAAGACGGUUGCAGCGCUGAAGGCGAGAUAUGAUCACCUAAUACAACGAUACAACAAACUGUCCGAGGUCUUCACGCCGGAUCACAUAAAGGAGUGCCUGCGGCAGGCGGCGGACGAGAGCCACGAGGAGAGCGAGAAGAUCGCCGAGGAUUUUCUCAACCGGAAGAUCGACGUCGAGCGCUUUCUCAGCACGUACAUCGAGUGCCGGAAGCUGGGACAAGCUAGGCGAACCAAGGAGGAGAAACUGGCGCAUCAGUUGAACGAAUUGAAACGGGCUGGUUUCUGAGAUGAAUAUAUAAUAUAUAUAACCAUUUUUUUCUAUGAAAAUCGAACAAAGCUGUAAAUAAGACUUAGUUAAAUUAAACGUUAUUGUGAAUUUGAA